GGCUAACCCUAAGUCGAGAGUCUUCUGAGUGCAACAUCUUGGUUGAUCAUGAAUCUCACAACCGCGUGUCCUCUGAAUGCUGCGACGAAACACGAGUGGUACAUCGCAACGAAUCGCGUCUCCCGGAAAGAUCGGCAACACCCACCUGCGUGAGCUUCUCGACUACGAAUCAUACACCACAGAAGUCGCUCAAGAGCAUCAUCACCGCGCCGCCAAUCCCUUCGUCGUUGACCAGCACACCCUUCCUCAUCGCCUUGCGCACUUGACUCUGCUCCUCCUCAACAUUGCUAGCCACCUUUUGGCAGUGAAGAUGGCAUUUUCAGGUGCAUUGACCCUGACCGAUCUCAACGACUACCUCGGUCCAUCACAGGCUUGCAUCAAGCCAGUGUCAGGCGACACGGCAAAGCCGAAUUCUGAGGCGGCCAAUGUUAUCAGCGAGGCUGGUGGAGCUAGCACAGCCAUAAGCAUAGAUGCCGAUGGCUCCUACUACGAGUCGCGCAGUAGCGUACACAACGAUGGCGGAGUCAGCAGCACAGCAGCGUCAGGAUCUACGAGCGACAAUCAGCCGAGAGCGAGGACAAAGCUUGAGACUGCGCAGAUCAGUCUGGACGAUUGUUUGGCCUGCUCCGGCUGCGUCACCAGCGCUGAAGCUGUGCUGGUUGGCUUGCAGAGCACAGAGAGCUUGAUGAAGACGCUGGAAGAAGUUCGAGAGCUGCCCAUUGCGGGUCGACCGCUGCUCGUGGCGUCCAUAGCGCCCCAAGUCCUUGCCAGCUUCUCCGCCCUGUACUCUCACCGAGCCUCCUCAAGCGGCGCAUCCGCAACUCACUUGAGCCUGCCCACCAUGCUUGCCCGCAUCGCCCACUUUUUCAAAUCGCAGCUCGGCUUCGACGCGGUGUGCGACACGACAUUUGCGAGGCACUUGUCCCUCCGAGCGCACGUCAGGGAGUUCAAAGACCGCAAAGACAGACAAUCGAGAGCGCCGGACAAUGCGAAUGGCAACGCCACACCUUGCCUUCCUAUGCUAGCAAGCGCUUGUCCAGGUUGGGUGUGCUACGCCGAAAAGACGCAUGGAGAGCUUCUUCCGCUCCUAUCGCGAACUCGUUCUCCCCAGCAGAUAUCCGGCAUCCUCGCAAAGCAAAUCAUCCCUGCGGCCGCAACGCCAGCGUCCAGCACAGCCUCGAAUCGGAGCGGCAAGACUCGUCAAGUAUACCAUCUCUCUGUAAUGCCCUGCUACGAUAAGAAGCUAGAGGCGAGCAGACCUGAUUUCGCCCACGCCGGGGCAGAUGGACAGAGCGUCAAGGAUGUGGACUGCGUGAUCACGGCAGGCGAGUUGGACAAUUUGAUGAAGGAGCAGGGAUUCGACAUCACGGCUUCGAUUUCUCCAUCGAACGCAGGCCUCGCGCUGCUGCAAGAGGCUGAGAGCACUGCGGAGCGGCCCAACCUUCCGCCUUCACCACCCGAAUCUGAAGCAGGAGCGGACCUGGACAUGGCAGCAACCUCUGUUGCCACUCAGGAUACCUCUGACCCAGCGACGCGUCCAUCGAUGCCCUCGCUUUUGCCACACGUGGGCAGCUCUUCCGGCUCGUAUCUGUUCGCCAUUCUCGCUGCAGUAUGGACCGAUCAUCUCUCCACCCUCUCACCCGACUCAGCACAGCCCGCGUUGGACGUGCGCACCAUUCGCAACGCGGAUUAUACCGAGUACGUCCUUCGUGAUGAGGCUGGAAGCGUCCUCUUUAGGGGUGCGACGACGUACGGGUUCAGAAAUCUGCAAAAUUUGGUGAGGAAGUUGCAGAAGCAGACUGGAUUGAAGAGCAAAGGAGCAUCAGCUGGCAUCGUUGAUCCACUCAGCAGGAUCGGAGGUGCGAGAAGUGCAAAAGGAACGAAUAGGGGUAGAGGCAGAGGAAUGGUCAAGCGAGGACCAGCAGCGCGGGGAACCGCUCAGGCAGGUGCUGUUGCUGCGUCGCCCCUUUCGGUGGCUGCCGAGGACGAUGGCAGCUACGACUAUAUUGAAGUCAUGGCCUGCCCUGGAGGAUGCGUGAAUGGAGGUGGACAGUUGCGUCCGCCCACCUCAUCCGCAUCGGCGAAUGAAGAACAGUCGGAUGCGCAAGCCACGUCCAUUGUAGCUCGAACACUGCAAGCGCAGAACGAUGCGGCAGAGAUGCAGGUGGAUGGAGUGGACCUGCCAAAAGCCAAGAUGACCGGCUACGACACGCCAGAUACGGACAUAUUUUCGCUGGCUUCGGAGCGCAAAGACGAUGGUCUGGUGGAUCUUGGGGAUGAGACAGCAUCGAUGGAGCAGCCAGUCAAGGGAUGGCAAGGAACAUCGAGGGAGUGGGUCAGAGUUGUUGAAAACGCCUAUUGGCGCAAAGACGACGUCGAAUCGCCCGACGAUGGGUUGUCCUUUGGAAGCGCUCAUGCAGUCCAAGCUUUUGUCAAGGACCGACAACAACUCGGCGAUCCUCGACUUUUGAGCCACGCCGUCUCGAAAGCUUUGCGCGACCAUGUCGCACCUCUUGCUGAGAGCACAAAGCAGAACAUCGAAAGCUUGACGCGAGACUACGAGGAUAGGAUACGCUCGCUCAAUGAUGGUGCUGGAGAGGACAAUUUCUUUACGCAGUACAGAGCGGUGCAGGACGAGGCUGUCAGCGGUCUUGCUGUGCAGUGGUGAGCCAGCUAGCAUGGCGUUGCGCUCCUCGAGCUUUGUGCAUUUCCUCCUGUAUCGUCUGCGACACGCAUUGGUCACCUUGCAACGAUGCACUUUUCAAUUGUACCCUGAUGGAAGCGCAAUCCUGCACGACCGACUACAGCAUCAGCAUUCUUGUUCUCGUUUCAUCUAUCUUACAAGCACGCAUGCCCAUGGAACUUAAAUCGAAAGUCGUACGUGAUCGUG